UUUAACUGCAAUAUCUUCACAAUUCCUGGUAGAACAUUUCCUGUUGAGAUACUCUACACGAAGCAGCCAGAAAGUGAUUAUCUAGAUGCAGCACUGAUCACAGUUCUGCAGAUUCACUUAACAGAACCUGAAGGAGACAUUCUUCUUUUCUUGACUGGUCAGGAAGAGAUUGAUCAUGCUUGUCAGUCUCUUUAUGAGAGAAUGAAGGGCCUGGAUAAGAAUGUGCCUGAACUGAUUAUCUUACCUGUAUACAGUGCUCUUCCAAGUGAAAUGCAAUCGAGAAUUUUUGAGCCGGCUCCACCCUGUAAGAGAAAAGUUAUUGUAGCUACUAAUAUUGCAGAGGCUUCUUUGACAAUUGAUGGAAUAUUUUAUGUAAUUGACCCUGGGUUUGCUAAGCAAAAUGUGUAUAACCCU